CGACGACGACAACUACAACAAUAACAAUGAUAUUAUCGUUAUCUCUGUAAGGCGGCACAUUGAUAACCGCCGUGUGCGCCGUGUUCGAUGUGCGAAAUCGUGUUGAACUCAGUCCUCUCAGACCUCUCGCUACGAAUGACGGUCGAUCAGAAGCGAGAGAUCAACAGAGGCAGUUGCAGUUAAACUUGCACACCGUUUUGCUUUGUGAAAACGCACCGUUCCCCAGAGUCUGUCAAUCGGUCUUUGGUUUUGCUGGUCUUCGCAUCGGCACGACGAUCUGGUAUCGUGUUUAAUUGGCGCGGAGUCUGAGCACCAGCAAUCAUGAACAAGCAGACGGAUCAGCUCACGGACGUGUUCAUAUCGGACGAAGUGUUGAUGAUGUGCCACAACCUGGCGCUGCUCACAGAAAAGGAAGAGGUCGCCGCUCUGCUCAUUGGCCAGAAAAUAAUACACGAGUAUGGAACCACUGUGUCCGUGACGGCGCUGUCGAUACCGCCUCGGGGAGAGAUAAAAAAGGACCGCGUAGAAAUCAUGUCUGAAGACUUGGUGAACGCUAUGGAAGAUGCCAAACACUUCUCCCGCAUCAAAGGUGCUAAUUUGAAUGUCAUUGGCUGGUAUCAUUCACAUCCUCACAUCACUGUGUGGCCAUCUAAUGUCGAUUUGCAAACUCAGUUGAACUUACAAAAUAUGGAUUCAUGUUUUAUUGGUAUAAUUUGUUCAUCAUAUAACACAGACACUACAACAAUGAUGAAAGAAAUGAAAACGGUAUGCUUUCAAGCAAAACAAAUGAAUGGUACGGUGCAAAGAAUAGAUGUUAAAUUUCAGGUUGCACCUACAACCUGUACCAGCCAAUUGUCAUUUGGAGUGAUUGUAAAACAUAUUGAAACAUUGUAUGAUGAACUCAUAAAAAAUUAUAAUGAAGCUAAUGAAGGUGAUAUAAGUCCAAUGGCUCAGCUUCAUAAUGAUUCAGUAUACACUUUGUCUGGAAUACAUAUGUUAGAAACAGUGGCUAAACCUAUGCUGCAAAUGUUAGAAACACAACGUGAAAGUUCAACUAAAAGAAUUCAAAGUCUUCAAACAAAACUAGAACAGCUCUCAUUAGGUAUUAAUGAUGAGCAAUAUUGUGAUGGUACAAACAAAAAUAAUGUCGAUCAUGAGAAUAGUGAUGAUUCCUCUGAGGGCUUAGUCACAUCAGUACAAAUAAAAAAUCAACCCAAAGAUAUAAAGAAAGGGAAAAAGUCUAGUAUGGUAUCCUCUCCAGUCUAAAUUCAUAAAUAAUAAGCAGCUUCAACAGAAGCAUACUUAAUGAAUUUAUUGACUAUAUUUUAUUCUUACUUGUCAUUUUUUUUUAAAAAUAUAUUGUGUAUUGUUUAAUGUAUAUAAAGGUUUUGUUAAAAUGUUUGUUUUUUUUUUAUCAAUAAUGUUACUAUUUUUUCACUUAUUAUUGGACAGUUUUGUACAUCUUUGUAUUCAGUUUGAAAGAGCUAAAAAAAUAUUUUAUGGACGGUAAAAUAUGUUGAUUGUAUUAUUGAAGAUAAAUCAUUUAUUUUCAUUUAAAAAUUAAACA